GUCUAACUAUGCUAAGAAAUUUCAGGCCCGAGGUUCAUUGCUCAUGUUCGUAGCUGGAUACCUUACUUUCAUGGCCAUUGGCGGGUUUCCUUCUUUCGUGGAAGAUCUAAAGAUCUUUCAUCGGGAGAGAUUAAAUGGGCAUUGUAGCCCAACCGCAUUCACCAUUGCGAACAUGCUCUCUUCUAUGCCAUUUAUACUCGUAAUAUCUGUCUUCCCGGCUGCAAUUGCGUACUACAUGGUUGGUCUUCAGAGAGACCCGCAACAUUUCAUAUUUUUUGUUCUUGUACUCUACUCAAGCAUGUUGCUUGUCGAGGGUCUCAUGAUGAUAGUUGCAAGCAUUGUCCCCGACUACCUAAUGGGCAUUAUCACCGGUGCUGCCAUACAAGCGAUGAUGGUCCUUGCUUGUGGCUUUUUCCGUCUGCCUGAUGACUUGCCGAAGCCAAUAUGGAAGUAUCCGCUAUACUAUAUUGCAUUUCAUAAAUAUGCAAAUCAAGCAUACUACAAGAAUGAAUUUUUGGGGCUAAGUUUUAGUGGCAUUAGAGGAACAAAUUCUUCACUUUCUGGGGAGGAGGUUUUGAGGGAUUAUUGGCAAAUGGAACUUGGCUAUUCAAAGUGGGUUGAUCUUGCUAUCUUGCUUGGAAUGGUGGUGGCUUAUAGAUUAUUAUUUUGGGUUGCAAUUAAAGUUGGUGAGGAAGUAAAGCCCUUGGUGAAGUAUUUCAUGCUUGGCAAGAGAAGGCAUGUCUUAGAUUUGUCACCCUCAAUUUCAAUUGUGGUGACAAACUCAAAAAUUUAG